UGGGAGUUCCCCAGCAUAAAGACGACACUGGCCCAUGACAGGGAGAUGGAAGAUAUCACGCUGGGCCCUGACAACAAGGUGGUCAUGGCAGGAUGGGACUUCCAGUGCCGUGUGUGGCAGCAGGACCAGCUGGUGAUGGGGCUGUGCUGGAACGAGAACCUGCCCGGCAUCCCUGACAAGUCUUACCGCUACCAGGCCUGCUGGUCUGGGGGAGUGGAGGACAAUGCUGGGCCACUGCCGCUCUACACUGUUGAGGUGUCCCACAAGCAGGAGCGCUGCCCCCCACCCUGCUACCUGACCAAGUGGGAUGGGAAGAGCUUCCUGCCACUGCUCACCCGGCCCUAUGGCACUGAGGUCAUCUGCCUCUGCAUAAGUGGCUCAGGUACCUUCCUGGGACCAGGCACAGUGACAGGCUCUGUUGCCAUCCACAUCACCUUCUCACCACAGAGGCUGUACUAUGCGAAGGAGGCCCAUUGCAUUGCGGUGACAGACGCGGGUUUUGUCCCUGAGAGCCAGCACGGAUGGGAGAUGCUGGCAGGGAACGAGGGUGCCCUGCUCAGCAUGGCUGUUGACAGCCGCUGCAAGCUGCACCUUCUGCCCAGCCCACUCCCUGUCUGGCUGCUGCUGCUGCUGCUGUGUGCCACGCUCAUCGUAGCUGCCAUCCUACUGCUGCAACUCGCCUUCCUGGGCUUCCUGUAGACCCCCAGCCCGGGAUGGGACCCUGGGGAUGGGCAGACUCUGCCGGGCUGGGCCCACCCCCUGCAGGCUGUGAAGAGGAUG